AUGCAGAUCCUUCCACCCGGUAUUUAUCGGGUCGAUAUUCUGAUUCUGAUAUCGUACCAGAUGUGUCAUUUCUUUUCGAUUCAACAAUUGUUCCCAAUUUUUUUGAAUUACACGCCUAAGAUUACAUGCGCAGAUACUCCAAAUGGAAAAGUGUGCUUUGAUGCCCCAAAAAACAAAUGUCUGCAAUACAACAGCUCGUACGUGAAUCUGUGUGACAAACUCACCGGAAGCGCAUUGGAAGAAUGCUUAUCGAAAAUGGAAUCGCGCACUUUCUACAAGUCGGCUGCCAUGGAAUACGAGAUUUAUUGUCGUCCUGGAUGGAAAGAUUUCCGCCCGGCUUUCAUUCAAUAUGUCGGAGUCUUAAUCGGAAAUAUCAUCCUCGGAUAUGUCGCCGAUCAAAUUGGAAGAAGAAAGACUUUCAUUAUUUCAAUGCUCAUCGGAAUCCCUGCUUUGUCGUUGUCAGCCGUUUUUGACAGCAUCGCUGCUUUGUACUUCUUCCGUGCUGUUACUGGAAUUGGAAUCGCUGGAACUAUGAUUGUCGGAUGGGCCUACUUUUCCGAACUGGUCUCACCGCAUCAGAGAUUCAAAUUAAGAACUUUCAGUAACUGGGCAAAUGCUCGAAUAAUGAUGACCCUUGUCGCCCUGUUCACUGGUGAAUGGCGUCUUACCUCCCAUGUGUGUGCAGUUAUCUCAUUCAUCACUCUCGCCAUCGUCUACUUUGUUCUUCCGGAAUCGCAUAUUUGGCUGCGAAAGAAGGGAAGAUACGAGGAAGCCGAGGAAAGUCGAAAACGAAUUGCCGCUAUUGCCGGAAUUGAUUUCGAGCCUAUGCCGCCGCCACCGCCGAAACCUGAAAACUCUGAGCCGGAGAAGGCUGUUAGCAUUUGCACCGUCUUCUCGGACCCGCAUCUUCGCAAGAAUAUCCUCAUUCUUUGGAUUAUGUGGUUCGUGACCGGAAUGACUGCUUAUUUGACCGAUUUGUGUGGAGGAGACAUGACUGAGAACUUCUGGAUUGGCCAAUUCCUCUCAGGAAUUCUUCUGUCUGUUGUUCGAAUUUGUAUGGGCUUUGCUGAUGGAUAUUUGCCAUGGAUGGGUCGCCGUUUCGUGUUGAUCUGCUCUCAAUCUCUCGCUGUUGGAUUCUUUGCCUGCGUCGUUUCCUUCUUGUUCCUUGAGCAAAAGGGCGAAUGGUACUACACAGCUGUCUACCUUGCCGCAUUCGUGUUCACUUCCAUCGUUUGGGAACCAUGCUAUUUGUGUGCAUCAGAGCUUAUGCCGACUGAUGUCCGUGCCACUUCGACAGCUUCAUGCUCGAUUAUUGGACGUUUCGCAAAUAUUGGAGCAUCACUUCUGAGUGGAUUGAAGACAAUAUAUGAACCGGGAGUACACAUGAUCUCGAUUGGACUUGGCCUCACCAACGUCAUUGUCGCUUUCUUCUUGCUCGAGGAAACCAAGAACUGCAGUCUGGACAAUGCUGGAGCUUCAAAGAAGCCGACUGAGAAAGCGAGCCAACAUGAAAUGACUGAUCUCCUUGAUAAAUCAUUGUUGAAGGAAGAAGAAGAAAAGAAAUAA